UUUGGUUUAUAGAUAACUUAUACUGCCUGAGUAGACAAAAUGCGACCCCCAGAGUUCAAGCUAAACAACCCGCCAGAGGACCUCAUCUCGGCGGUGAAAUUUGGCCCCAAGUCCAACCAGUUCAUGGCAGCGUCCUCCUGGGACGGAACUCUGCGCUUCUACGAUGUGGCGGCAAAUCAGAUGCGACAGAAAUUCCUGCAGGAUGCACCGAUAUUGGACUGCGCCUUUAUGGACAUUGUUCACGUGGUCAGCGGCUCCCUGGAUAACCAGCUCCGCCUGUUCGAUGUGAACACCCAAACGGACAGCAUUGUGGGUGCCCACGAGGAGCCCAUCAGGUGCGUCGAGCACGCUGAAUACGUCAACGGCAUUCUCACCGGCAGCUGGGACCGAAAUGUUAAGCUGUGGGAUAUGCGCGAGAAACGCUGCGUCGGCACCUACGAGCAGAACAAUGGAAAAGUGUACUCCAUGUCUGUGAUCGACGAGAAGAUCGUGGUGGCUACCUCCGAUCGCAAGGUUCUUAUUUGGGAUCUGCGCAAGAUGGACAGCUACAUAAUGAAGCGAGAAUCCUCGCUCAAGUACCAGACCCGCUGUAUUCGGUUGUUCCCCAACAAAGAGGGCUACGUAAUGUCCUCCAUCGAGGGACGAGUGGCCGUGGAGUACCUGGACCAUGAUCCCGAAGUGCAGCGCCGCAAGUUCGCCUUCAAGUGCCACCGGAAUAGGGAUCAAAACAUUGAGCAAAUUUUCCCGGUCAAUGCCCUGAGCUUCCACAAUGUUUACCAGACAUUCGCCACCGGUGGCUCCGAUGGCAUUGUAAACAUCUGGGAUGGCUUUAACAAGAAGCGCCUGUGCCAGUUCCACGAGUACGACACAUCGAUUUCCACACUCAAUUUCAGCUCGGAUGGUAGCGCCUUGGCCAUCGGCUGCUCCUAUUUGGACCAACUGCCAGAGACACCAACCUCCGUGCCACAUCCGGCUAUUUAUAUACGCUACCCCACAGAUCAGGAAACCAAGCAGAAAUAGUGUGCCUCUUGAUUACGGGAGAAAGCUCUCCUAUUUAAUUGUUUAUUUUCGGACAGAUUAAAUAUAUGUGUAUUGAUAUAAGCUA